GUCGCUUCAAUCCAUACCUUUCGCUCUAACUAUUUUGUCAUCGAUUUCGAGUCCCAGGCUCGUUUGUCUUGUGUACCUAAUUAAUUUACAUUUGCCGAACUGCAAUUUUUUCUAGCCCUGGUUAUUUGGAUUCAAUAAGUCAGCGACUGAAACCUGCAGCACCCUCGCAGACCCUGGUCAAUCUUUCCAGCUUCGACGAAAGUGUGUCUGUGUUACGCCUAUAAAAUGCUUGGGACAAUACCAGACGAGAUUGUUUCUCACAUCUUGCAGUACGUUCCACCGGAGGAUAACUUACGUUGUUUUCAAUACCUUUCUAGGCGACUUCAACGCCUGGCGAAUGAAGAACUUCUUUGGAGAUCUCAUUGCUGCCUAUGUUUCAAAUACUGGGAUGCGCAGCAUGACUUCAAGGGGAAACUCAAAUUAAAGGUUAAGGAGGUUGAUUGGAAGAAGCUAUGGAUCCUUCGGCGAAGACAGAACGAAAGAGUGUUACACCUCCUGGACGGCAUCCUGGAGUCAAAAGUUGGCCGCCUGCAAAAGUUUGAAAAGAUUUGUUUGCUGGGCUAUGAUGCUAAGGAUCUACUCCUGGAGCAAUGCCACGUCGAUGAGUCUGUAGAGGAUGUACUGGCCAGGAGGUACCACGCAAACGCGGCGUUGGGCAGCAUCCAUCGGAGCAUGGCCGUCAAAGAAUGGUCCAAGUUUCAGCAGCCAUACUCUGGCCCGCGACCGCUGGAGAGAGCCCUGGCCGGCUUCGAUAUGUUCGUCUUGCAUGACCAAGAGGGCGAUAUCGAUGAUAUACAAAAUGCUCUGGAUCGCUACAGUCGCAUGUUCCUUGAGAGCUGUCCCAACUUCAAAGAGUUGACAACUCGGGAAAAGGCACGGGCGCUGCUGUCCUGGGUAAGAUCGGAAAACUUAACCGGCAUGGAAGAUCCGGCCACCAACUAUCGAAACAUCCGCAACUGCCUCAUUGGCCAUGCUCUACUGGACGAAGGUCACCCAUCGCUGCCCCUGAUUUCAAGCGCCAUAUACUCCGCGCUCGCGCAAAGAGUAGGCUUGCGUUCCGAGUGCUGUGCUUUCCCAGCUCACGUACACGCUUCCGUCUUUGCACCUUCGAACGAAACCCUGGACGGCACACCGGUUGCGGACCCCACCGCAGAGCUGGAGGUCAUGUAUCUGGACCCAUUUGAGUCGGAUCACGAGAUCAACGUCGAGGACCUGCGCAUGAGACUGGAAGAUUUCGGCUGGGAGAAUGGGCGUGAUGCUUUCUUGAGGGCCUCCCCCGUUCCUGUUCUUGUAAAUCGCACGGCGCACAAUAUCAGGGUUUCAUAUGUUCGGUACCAGCACUCUUCUGAUGUCGAAGCAGCCAAGUUUUCGUUCCGAAGUGGAGACCCAUUCCACAACAUGGAGGCACUACUGUACUCGGUGCUCUGGGUCAGCCUCCUGGUGACUCCGACGACAUAUCAGCUAUGGGACAACAACCUGGAGCACUUUUUGAACCGCUUUCACAAGUACUUCAGCGAGGAUGCAUGGAUGGUGCGCAAAUACCUCGCGCCUCUGUACGACGAGUUUGCUGCCACGCACGGUCGCUAUGGCGCCGCAGCGCGUUCUUCCUGGGAAGACGUGCACCAGACGCUCGAUAUGGAGCAUAACCUGGACAUGCGCAUUCCAACUGUCAGCCGGCGGUACACUCAGGCCAUUCAGAAGAGCGUGCGCUAUCGUGUCGGACAGGUUUUCGUUCACAAGCGGUACGGGUUCUGCAGCAUCAUAAACGGUUGGACCGCCGAUGGCGUGAGCUCCAUUCCAAACCCACACGUUCUCCCCUUUGACGAAGGUCACAACCCGGCUGCUCAGGAAGAUAACGCCGGCGGAGUAACACCCAACAGUCAGGAAACUGAUGGCAGCGCCAGUGGUGAGAUUACUGGUCCUUCCGGCGGCACUCGUGAUCCGAUAUCGCAAAUAUUUUACACAUGCAUGAAACAUGACAUUGAUCGUAUGGUGGUUGCACAAGAUAAUAUCCAGCUCAUCACAGACCCGGACAAUGUCCCGGAAUCCCUGAUGCGGUCUGCCGGAAAGUUCUUCAAGCGUUUUGAUAGGGAGACGUGCACUUUUGUAUCCAACGUAAAGGAGUUCUUCCCGGACGACUAGAGCUAUUCAGUCGGCUCUUCUGAAGACGGACAAACGCAAUAGGGCCGGUCAGCCAUUAUUCAGAUCAGGCUUUAUGAUAUGUAACGGAAAUUAGAAUCAUCAUGGGCGUGGACACAUCUUUCCUUGGUCAGGAACUUAUGAUUGCGUUAGGGUCUAUGGAGUUGGCAGACAAUCUCUUGUCUCUGCCCUGGCCCAACUCGCGCAUGAUCCAUUCGUAAACAGCCCACUGCGCCGCGUUGACGAUAAAAGCCCGCAAGCUGCAGACGCCCAGACCCCUGAAGAAAACGCCGACGCCGCCUUCCCUGUAGGCUUGUCUGGCGAUCUCUACCGCCCCCAACCGCCGCUGCUGCGGCGCUUUCUGAGCCACUCCUUGGUCAACCCGACCCUCGCCUGCUGCAGGCGACAAAAGUGCUGUCCUCUCGGUACUGACCAACCCCUGCGCCGUCGCCGUUCUCGGCCCGGAAUUGGCAUUUAUCUGCUGCGCCU